AUGCUCGAUGAGGGCGCACCCCUGGAUGCUGGUGUCGAGGAUCCAUGGUUUCUCCCCAUAGUAGUGGCUGUCCGCGGAGGCCACGGGUCCAUCGUAUCUCUCUUCAUUGAAAAAGGCCUAGACCUCACAGCUCUGAUGGACAUAGGAGAAACAUCCUCGUGCAACUAUCUAGCCGACCAUCUGUUACACCGUGCUACACUACACGGCCAAGAGUCGAUGGCCCGGAGACUUCUGCCAUAUAGGGUGGACCCCGAAACUAUCAAGUAUCCGGUCACUGCUGCGGCAAGCGAUGGGGAUCUUUCGCUUGUGAAGUUUCUGGUCGAUCUGGAAUAUGAGAAGGAUCCGGGAUAUGACAUUGACACUGGAGACGAAGACGAAGACAGGGUCACGCCGUUGAUCUGUGCCGCGGAAAACGGGCACAACGAUGUCGUCUUGUUUCUCAUCGAAUGUGGAGCAAACUUGGAACACAAAGGCUCAUACCGAGCAGCCUUGACGGCGGCUGCCGCUGAGGGUCAUUUCGAUACUGUCAAGACUCUGAUUGCUGCCGGUGCUCGACCGGAUCCGGUCUGCAGCCAGGAGGGAAAAACACUCAUGGCUGUAGCUGAAGCUGCAGAGGCUCAGCACCUCGAUAUAGCGCGAUUCUUACUCGAUCGCAUCGAUACGGACCAGAAAAUCGUCGAGACCGGCGACGACCCCCAUUUACUUUUGCGAGCUGCUGCCCUUUGUGGACUGGACGAGAUCAUCAAAAAGCUUCUGGACAGCGGAGAUGUCAUUGUGAAUAAGCUCAAAGAGUGUGGUAAUUCGGAUUACUUCGGAGCAGGUUGGGGGGAGGCCGUUUCCCUUGCAGCUCAACUAGGAAGCUUAGAAUCCAUCAAGCUUCUACUGGACACCAACCCGCCUCAUGUGAGAAAUCAUAUGGACUGGGCUUUGCGAUCCGCCAUCAGAGGCAAUGACUUGGAGAAAACAAAAUUACUUCUCGACUAUGGUGCGGAUCCAAACACCAAAGACUAUAGAGGCCGCAGUGUCCUUCGGGAGGCCAUUGGCGGUAAAGAGAUCUUUAAGAUGCUCUUAGACUACGGCGCUACUUUGGAAUCAGCGCACGAAAAGGCGGAGAACAAUAUCCUGGUGCAGGUUAUUGAAUCUGGGGACAUUGGCUUGUUGGAGAUACUGUUGGAACGGGGAGUCCAGUUGCAGCUUCCACGACGUACAGGGACAACACUUCUCAAAUCAGGUGUCCGGGGAGGUGAGAAGAUGAUGCAAUUCCUAUUUGACCAUGGACUGUCCAUUCCUGCGCCUUGCAAAAUGGUGGACCAAUGCAUGGGAAUCGCGGCGCGAGCAGGUCAGCAGGCAGUGCUGCAGUUCUUCCUUGACCGAGGCUCUUGUCUCGAUUCUGGCGAACGAUGUGCAAAGCUUUUGGAAACGGCAUCCGACGGACAAGGGGGAAACCCGAGUGCGACACUUGAUCUGUUACUCCGUUACGGGGCAGAUCUCGAGGCGAAGAACCGAUGCGGCGAGCCCGCGCUGUGGUGCCAUGUUCGCGGAGGCCACGACAAAGCCGUGCAGCUUCUCCUGAAUAAGGGAGCGGAUCCUUUGUCCCGCAACCGACGCAGCGAGUGUUUACUCAAAGUGGCAGCCCAGAGUGGGAACUCGGUCGUUGUACGAAGUUUGCUUCAGGCAAUUGCUCGACGCGGGAUUCCCUGGGUGGAAGUGAAAGAGGCCUGGUCGCAGGCGAGCACCGAGGAAAAAGACAAGUACCCAAAGGUUACUCGCGAGCUGGAUGUGUUUUAUUGCCGGACGAUGUUUCCUGUAUGA